CGCUCUUUGGUCUUUGGUGACCAGCUUAUGUCAAAGUGAAUUGUCAAGCACGUUUGAACUCUAAACUGAAAUUAAUUUUAAUAAUAAAGAAAACAAAUAAUUGCCAGAGGAUUACAAUCUGUGUAAACUGAAUUUAACAUACAUUAAAUCUAUAUUUAAUAACAGAAUGUCAAAGGUCACUUUAAACCUAAUAGCAGCAGCCUGUGAAAAUAUGGGUAUUGGAGUGAAUGGGACUUUGCCAUGGAAACUCAAAAAGGAAAUGGCUUACUUUACAACAAUGACAAUGAAAGUAAAAGAUGAGAGUAAACUUAAUGCAGUUAUAAUGGGAAGGAGAACAUGGGAUUGCAUUCCAGAUAAAUAUAGACCCUUGAAUGACAGAGUAAAUAUAGUUAUGACACGCCAUGUAGAUGAAGUGAAGACAAAGGUUCCAGAGGGUGUGGUUGUGGUUCCGAGUUUGGAUGAAGCUGUCAAAUAUAUUGAGGGAAGAGAGGAUAUAGAAUCAACAUGGGUUAUUGGUGGAUCAUCUAUUUAUAAGGCAGCAAUGGAACAUGAGAACUGUGGCAAGAUUUACCUGACAGAGAUACAAAAGUCGUUUGACUGUGAUGCAUUCUUCCCAAACAUAGAUACGCAGCAAUUUCAUUUGGUAGAUGAAGAAGAAAUACCCGGAGAGAGACAGCUAGAAGGAGAUAUAAGUUAUUUCUUCCGUGUAUAUAGAAAACUAUAAUCAUCAACUCAUUCAUACCAAGAAGUUCAGGUAUGGCAUAUUUUAAGGUUACUUUUUAAUUAAGAACUUUUUUUUAAUGCUUUUUGAUACUAGAGCUUGUAACUAUAUGGGAACAAUUUGCAUUUGGCUUUGAUAUAUUUCUUAUAGUUAUUAAGUAGAAAAUGAUACGAUAUUUUUAAUAAUUGGGUUUUUAUAUUUAAGUUGUUAAUUUUUUUUUAUGUGUAUGA